GGGGCGCCCUCGCCCGGCCGCCGUCCCUCCCUCGGGCUCCGGUCCCCUGGGUAAGCCCCAGCGCUGGCGGCGUGGGCCGGGGACUGGGCACUGGGUGGCCUCCCAGGUCGCCGCCUUCCCGCGGGGCCCCGCCCCCGGCCCGCCCCAAAGCGGGCUAUAAAUUAGCGCCGCUCUCCGCCUCGGCAGUGCCAGCCGCCAGUGGUCGCAUUUGGAGGGUCCUGCCGCCAGUGGAAGGAGCCACCGCCCCCGCCGCCGCCCGACCAUGGCCGAGGAUCUGGUCUUGGAGAGGUGUGAUCUGGAGCUGGAGACCAAUGGCCGAGACCACCACACGGCCGACCUGUGCCGGGAGAAGCUGGUGGUGCGACGGGGCCAGCCCUUCUGGCUGACCCUGCACUUUGAGGGCCGCAACUACGAGGCUAGUGUAGACAGUCUUACCUUCAGUGUCGUGACCGGCCCAGCCCCCAGCCAGGAGGCCGGGACCAAGGCUCGUUUUCCACUACGAGAUGCUGUGGAGGAGGGUGACUGGACGGCCACCGUGGUGGACCAGGAAGACUGUGCCCUCUCGCUGCAGCUCACCACCCCGGCCAAUGCCCCCAUCGGCCUGUAUCGCCUCAGCCUGGAGGCCUCCACUGGCUACCAGGGAUCGAGCUUUGUGCUGGGCCACUUCAUCUUGCUCUUCAAUGCCUGGUGCCCAGCGGAUGCUGUGUACCUGGACUCGGAAGAGGAGCGGCAGGAGUACGUCCUCACCCAGCAGGGCUUUAUCUACCAGGGCUCGGCCAAGUUCAUCAAGAGCAUACCUUGGAAUUUUGGGCAGUUUGAAGAUGGGAUCCUAGACAUCUGCCUGAUCCUUCUAGAUGUCAACCCCAAGUUCCUGAAGAACGCCGGCCGUGACUGCUCCCGCCGCAGCAGCCCCGUCUACGUGGGCCGGGUGGUGAGCGGCAUGGUCAACUGCAACGAUGACCAGGGUGUGCUGCUGGGACGCUGGGACAACAACUACGGGGACGGUGUCAGUCCCAUGUCCUGGAUCGGCAGCGUGGACAUCCUGCGGCGCUGGAAGAACCACGGCUGCCAGCGCGUCAAGUACGGCCAGUGCUGGGUCUUUGCCGCCGUGGCCUGCACAGACAGCAGGUACAGUGUUCCCUGGAAUGCAGAUGGACAGGUGGAGGCCCAGAGCAGGGCGGAUGUCUGCAGGGCCAGCCCGUCCCCUCAGCCUGCUUUCCACUCCUCUCCAACAGUGCUGAGGUGCCUGGGCAUCCCCACCCGCGUUGUGACCAACUACAACUCGGCCCAUGACCAGAACAGCAACCUUCUCAUCGAGUACUUCCGCAAUGAGUUUGGGGAGAUCCAGGGUGAUAAGAGCGAGAUGAUCUGGAACUUCCACUGCUGGGUGGAGUCAUGGAUGACCAGGCCGGACCUGCAGCCGGGGUACGAGGGCUGGCAGGCCCUGGACCCAACGCCCCAGGAGAAGAGCGAAGGGACGUACUGCUGUGGCCCAGUUCCAGUUCGUGCCAUCAAGGAGGGCGAUCUGAGCACCAAGUACGAUGCGCCCUUUGUCUUUGCGGAAGUCAAUGCCGACGUGGUAGACUGGAUCCAACAGGACGAUGGGUCCGUGAGCAAAUCCAUCAACCGUUCCCUGACCGUUGGGCUGAAGAUCAGCACUAAGAGCGUGGGCCGAGACGAGCGGGAGGAUAUCACCCACACCUACAAAUAUCCAGAGGGGUCCUCAGAGGAGAGGGAGGCCUUCACAAGGGCCAACCACCUGAACAAACUGGCCGAGAAGGAGGAGACGGGGAUGGCCAUGCGGAUCCGUGUGGGCCAGAGCAUGAACAUGGGCAGUGACUUUGACGUCUUUGCCCACAUCACCAACAACACCGCCGAGGAGUACGUCUGCCGCCUCCUGCUCUGUGCCCGCACCGUCAGCUACAAUGGGAUCUUGGGGCCCGAGUGUGGCACCAAGCACCUGCUCAACCUCAACCUGGAGCCUUUCUCCGAGAAGAGCAUUCCUCUUUGCAUCCUCUAUGAGAAGUACCGUGACUGCCUCACAGAGUCCAACCUCAUCAAGGUGCGGGCCCUGCUCGUGGAGCCAGUUAUCAACAGCUACCUGCUGGCUGAGAGGGACCUCUACCUGGAGAAUCCAGAAAUCAAGAUCCGGAUCCUUGGGGAGCCCAAGCAGAAACGCAAGCUGGUGGCUGAAGUGUCCCUGCAGAACCCGCUCCCUGUGGCCCUGGAAGGCUGCACCUUCACUGUGGAGGGGGCUGGGCUAACCGAGGAGCAGAAGACGGUGGAGAUCCCAGACCCCGUGGAGGCAGGGGAGGAAGUUAAGGUGAGAAUGGACCUGCUGCCGCUCCACAUGGGCCUCCACAAGCUGGUGGUGAACUUCGAGAGCGACAAGCUGAAGGCUGUGAAGGGCUUCCGGAAUGUCAUCAUUGGCCCCGCCUAAGGGACCCCUGCUCCCAGCCUCCUGAGGGCCCCCACCUGGAUCCCAAUCCUUAUCCCAAGCUAGUGAGCAAAACAUGCCCCUUCUUGGGCCCCAGACCCCAGGGCAGGGUGGGCAGCUUAUGGGGACUCGUGGAAAUGGAAUGUGCCCCUGGCCCAUCUCAGCCCCCUGAGCUUGUGGGUCCCCACUCACCCCCUUAGCUGUGAGGAAUGCUCUGUGCCAGAAACAGUGGGAGCCCUGACCUUGGCUGACUGGGGCUGGGGUGAGAGAGGAAAGACCUACAUUCCUUUCCCGCCCACGUGCCCUUUGGAAAGCCAUUGACCACCCGCCAUAUUGUUUGAUUUACUCCAUAGCCCCUUGGAGCGUGCAAAAAAGGGACAGCAUGCCCCUUGGCUGGAUCAGGGAAUCCAGCUCCCCUAGACUGCAUCCUGUACCUCUUCCCCUGACUGCACCCAGCUCCAGGGGCUUGGGACAGCCAGAGCUGGGUGGGGACAGUGAUAGGCCCAAGGUCCCCUCCACAUCCCAGCAGCCCAAGCUUAAUAGCCCUUCCCCUCAACCUCACCAUUGUGAAGCACCUACUAUGUGCUGGGUGCCUCCCACACUUGCUGGGGCUCAUGGGGCCACCAGCCCAUUUAAUCACCAUGGGAAACUGUUAUGGGCACUGCUUCCAGGAUGAGGAGACUGAGGCUUAGAGAAAGAGCGGCCCCCUCCGCACCAGUGGCCUCAUGGUUAUUAGCCAGGCUGGGUAAUGUGAAGGCCCAAGAACAGAGUCUGGGCCUCUGACUGUGAGUCCACUGCUCCGCUUAUGACCCCAGCCUGACCUGAGACUGUCAGAGAGGCUGUCUGGGACCUGAUCAAAAAAAGACUCAGCUGAGACAAGGAGGUAGGGAGGGGGCUGGGGGACUGGGAGUCAGGGCCCUGGCUGGGUUCAGGUCCCACGUCUGGCCAGGUGCUGCCUUCCCCUCUCUGGGCCUCAGUUUCCUUAUUGGUCAGAGGAGUGAUUGAACCAGCUCAUCCCCAGGGGUCCUCUCCGCUCCAUCUUUGCAAUGCUUUUAUAUGGCCCAGUCUUGUGAAUAACCACAAGGUCCGCUCCUUGCUCCACAAAGCCUUAAGCCAUAGGCCCAGGAUAUUUCUGAGAGUGAAACCAUGACUGUGACCACUUUCUGUCCCCAGCCCUGUCCUGGUCCCCUCCUGUGCCCAGAUACCACCUUUCAGACCCCAGUUCUAGGGGAGAAGAGCCCUGGACACCCCUGCCCUACCCAGGAGCCUGCCCGCUGCAAUGCCUAGACUUCCCAACAACCUUAGCUGCCAGUGCUGGUCACUAACCAACAAGGUUGGUACCCCAGAUACCCCUUCUUUGCAGGGCUAAGGCCCCCAAACAUAGCCCCUGCCCCUGAGGAAGCUUGGGGAGCCUAUGAGUUUUCAGCUCUGAUUUUAUCUCCUGCUCUUUCUACAUGACUGGGCCUCCCUCGGGCUGGAAGAAGGGGGGAUUCUCUAUUGAAGGAGAUCACAGCCUCCAGUGUCCCCCAAAUCCCAGAGAAGGACUUGGAGAGAAUCAUGCUGUUGCAUUUAGAACUUUCUGCUUUGCACAGGAAAGAAUCGCACAAUUAAUCAACAUGUAUAUUUUCUCUAUAUAUAGAGCUCUAUUUCUUUACGGUUUUAUAAAAGCCUUGGGUUCCAAGCAGGCAGUAGAUGUGCUUCUGAACCGCAAGGAGCAAACACUGAAAUAAAAUAGUUUAUUUUUCACACUCAA